CCCCUGUAAACUGAACGCAGUGGUACAGUCCAAAUGACAGCUCGACCUGAACUAGCCUCCAAACCUGAGCAUCAGCAGGCUGUCAGAACCACGGAAAGCAUAGUUUAAAUCACGAAGUGCUCGCUGUAUUUGUGCUGUUAUAGUCUAAUUUCAAACUAUUAAUCACCAACAUGUCUGCUCCUAAGAAGGGAAACUUGUCUUCAAGCGAAAAGGAAUUGUUUGAGGUUAUCACUGCAGGAAAUGUUCAAGAGGCCUCAAGGCUGCUGGGCUGUAAGGAUGUUCGAGUCAACUGUUUGGAUGAGUAUGGGAUGACCCCUCUGAUGCACGCUGCUUACAAGGGGAAAGCGGACAUGUGCAAGUUGCUGCUGCAACACGGAGCUGAUGUGAAUUGCAAUGAACAUGAGCAUGGGUACACAGCGCUUAUGUUUGCUGGUCUGUCAGGUAAAACUGAUAUAACAUGGAUGAUGUUAGACGCAGGGGCGGAAACAGAUGUGGUCAACUCUGUCGGAAGGACCGCCGCUCAGAUGUCCGCCUUUGUCGGGCAACACGACUGUGUCACGGUGAUUAACAACUUCUUCUCCCGUGCCAGACUGGAUUACUACACCAAGCCCCAGGGUUUGGAGAAGGAACCCAAGCUGCCUCCCAAACUGGCCGGACCCCUCCACAAGGUCAUCAUGAGCACCAACCUGAACCCAGUCAAGAUGGUGAUGCUGGUGAAGGAGAACCCCCUGCUGGCAGAGGUGGAGGCUCUGGAAAAAUGCCGCAGGGUGAUGGAGCUCAUCUGUGAGAAGUGCAUCAAGCAGCAGGACAUGAACGAGGUGCUGGCCAUGAAGAUGCACUACAUCAGCUGCGUGCUGGGAAAGUGUGCUUCCUUCCUCAAGGACCGCGAGGACAAGCUGGAAGGCCUCAUCAAGAGUUUGCUGAAGGGUCGAGACAGCGAUGGUUUUCCUGUAUACCAAGAGAAGUUUAUCAGAGAGUGCAUUCGCAAGUUUCCUUAUUGUGACGCUACUCUGCUGCAGCAGCUGGUGCGGAGUAUCGCCCCUGUCGAUAUUGGUAACGACCCCACAGCGCUGUCGGUGCUGACUCAGGCCAUCACAGGUCAGGUUGGCUUCAUGGACGCAGAGUUUUGUACGUCCUGUGGAGAGAAGGGAGCCGAGAAAAGAUGUUCAAUUUGUAAAAUGGUGAUCUACUGUGGCCAAGCCUGCCAAAAGAUGCACUGGUUCACCCACAAGAAGGUUUGUAAGAUGCUUCAAGAGCAGCGAGAGAAGCAGGAGGCAGAAUCAGCCAAACUGAGGAUGCAGCAGAGCAAAGAGGAGAGUGAAGCAGUGCAGGAGGCCACAGACUCCAUGCAGGACCUCUCGGUGGAGACCAACAGUGAGGUCGCCUCCUCAGACUCCGCAGCAGAAUCCUCAAACUCCACUUCUACUGACAACUGAGGAACAUCUGACAGUCAGCACCCACCUCCUCCAGAACACAUCGAUUCAUCACAGACAGAGAGCAGACUGGCAGUGAGACUGAAAGCCAGACAAGGACUGGUCCAGCAGGAGACAAGAACCCAUAUUUAUUAUCAAGCAGAGACUCUCAACAGACAUGUGAAGAAGGUUUGUGCCACAGCUGUCAUCAUUUUGUCAUUUUUAUAUUUUAAUUUUUUUCAGAUGAUAAUGUCAUAUGAUGUGAAUGUGAAAAUUGCACAACCUGAUGUGUUUGUGGUAGAGGUCACGGGGAGGACUUGUGUGUGUAGUAAAGAGCUAAUGGUUCACAUCAAUGAUGGAAUGUAAUUCUGCCUUAAGAACUUGUAGCAACCUGUGUGGGAAAGAAGUGACUGUCUAGCCAAUCAGAGCUUUUGUUUGUUUGCAACUUUUUUUUUUUUGGUACUGAUAACCUCAUGGCAGAUUGAGUGGAUAGCAUGGCUGCACAAUACUGACCAAAAAUAUAUUUUUUUAAAUAUAAACAACAUAAACAUGAAUUUAUUUUUAGUGCAUCGUGAAAGAUUCAUUCUCAGGAUUUUCAGAACUAUAACAAACGAAAGAUGUUUCUCCCCCCAAAAUGCAACAUCAUUGGUGUACACAGCACAAGAACACCAUGUCCCGGACAAAACUUCAGUAGAAUGGUUUUGAUAUUCUUUGAUUUAUUAUGCAGCCUGAAUGGACAGAGACGAGUCAAACAAGACUUUGUGUCUGAUAAACACUGAUUUACAAAAUGUCAAACACACUGACCUUAAUCACGUUAAAUCAACGGUUCGCAACUGGGAGAGCGUAGAGCCACUUCAGGGGGGUCGUGGAUGUUGAGCAGACCUAAAGUCGUGUGAAUAUGAUUCAUGUGGUGACAUAAACAAACAAAAGCGCUCUGAUGCUAGCAAGGCUCUUUUGCUAACCUGAAUCUUGUUUACUUCAAUCGUAUACAUUGUUAAUGAUCAAUAAAAAUCAAGUCCACUUUUGCUGGGGUGGGGGGGACAUGAACCUUUUUGGGCAUCUGAAGGGGGGCAUGACAGAAAAAGUCUGAGAACCACUGCAUUAAAUAAAGACCAACUUCAUCCAA